AUGUCCACUAGGAGUACACGAUCGAAAACAAAUGAAGCCGCUCAGACACUGGUUAAGGAUUAUUUCAAGGAGACUAGGAAAGGACGAACGAGAAGCGAGAAGAAGGUGAUUGAAGAGCCGCCAGUGAAACAAGAAACUCGUCAAACUCGCUCUAAAAAGGUGGUGAAAGUCGAAGAAGCGCCUCAAACUGAAGUAGAAGCUCAACCAACUCGAAUUGAAGCUCCUCCAGCUCCAUUAUUCGAGAAGAAGACUCGUAGUCGGACUCGAACACCGUCUCGUCAACUUCCCGCCGAGCUCACUGGAACACCGCCGAAAAAGCAGCGAGACGACGAAACUCCGGCGAUCGCGGCGUCGUCGAAAUCGGCGAUCGAUGAGCUGAUCGAGGCGGCGGCGCCGACGACGACGGCGAAAAAACCGACGAAAAUCCGAACGGUGGCCGAUUUGCAGGCGCGAUUGGCCGAAAAAGGCGCGACGACGCGCGCGAUUCACGCGCAAAAUUUGAAGCACAAAGCGAAACGCGUCGACGAGCACGCCGAACUCCUCAAAUCGCCGACGAAAAACGCGGCGGUCGGCGAGACGAGCGCGGUGUCGCCGGCGAAACGACGACUGGCGCCGGUGCCCGAUUACAUUAUGCCCGGCUAUCAAGCCCAGAAAUCGGCGGAGAAAAUGCGCGACGAGCUCGACGUGGAGCACGAGAAUGAGAUUCAACGGCGAGCUGCCGACAUUCUCAAGGUGUCGCGGCUCAGCGAUGAGGUGAAGGAGAGCCUAAAAAGCGGAAUCGAGCUUCCGAGAAGCUACGAACAUAUUUACAGCGCGUUUCAGCACGUUGAUCGGAUUGUAUCGAUAAUAACUAAUCAGAAUCGUACGUGUGUGGCGAAUGAGCUGUUCAAGAAUGUCAAGAACACAAUGCAAAAGGAUUUUUCGACACGCCAUUUAUCGCAACUACUUCACGUUUAUCCGCAAUCAUACAACGUUGAAAUGCGCCAACAAUGGAAGGCGUUCGGCGGUGCGCAAACGGGAAAAUACGAGCUGACGGUGAUGCCGAAUCUCGUUGACGACUUGAAAGGAUUCGUCAAAGACGAAUCGCCGGCGACUGCGACGGAUUUGCCGUUGGUGCGAUCCGGCAAAUUGAUGGCUUCGCCGAUGAAAAGCCCGCGAAAAGGCGGACCCGCGCAGCCGGCACUUCGUCGACCGGAAAUUGACGUGCGAACGCGACUGGAUGCGGCGAGAAUGAGAGAUCGCGCGCAUGUGUUCAAGCACAAAUUGAUUGAGAUCGUCAAAACUCAUUAUGAAGCGUUUUUGGAGAAGCAAGGAUUGAAAUUGAGCUCGACGCAUAAGCGUCUUCAUCCGUUGUUUAGAGUCGAAGAGCAUUGUCCGCCACUUGAGCAGAAGGCGCUUCCCGAGCCGCCGAUUGUCAAAAAUAAUCGUCACAUCGGCAUGCGCGAGUACGUUGAAGAGAAUUCGGCGGACGUGGAAAUCCAAUUGCCUUCGAUGGUCCAGAAGGCGAUCGAUGGGUUGAAGAGUCCCAUGAAGAAGGUCGACGGCGGUUCGUCGAUUCCGUUGUCGCCGAAAAAAUUCGCCGAGUUGAAAAACGAGCAGAAGAGCAAAGGAGCAAUGACACUUUUGGAGCGGAUUCGCGCGAAAGAGGCGUGCCGUAAAGCGGCCGAGAAUUGUGUUGACGAGAAGGUGAAAUUGCGAAAAUCGCGUCUCACAAUGCUCGACACACGCUAUCUGCGGACAAUUUGUAGUCUGUUCGCAUCGAAAAAAGCGAGAAGUAUGGAAAUGGACGUUGUCGCCGAGAAAUUGGUGUUCAGCGCGCAAAUACCGACGUCGAAACCCGAAGUCAUUGCACACCUUGAGUUUCUUUGCCAGAUUGCUCCGAAUUAUGCGAUCGAGGCGAACGUGAUGGGCAAAAGAUAUUUUCAAUUGAUUGACAACAAUUAUGAGGAGCUGUCGGAAAUUGUGCGCGAGCAGCUCGCGAGCGCCGAAAAAGCGGCGAACGAGCAACGAGCGCGAAUCGAGGAGGCGCAAAAAGCGGCGCUUUCGAUGGCGUCGGACAGUAUGAGCGCGAAAUUCGCGUCGAGACCAUUUUCGCCGCAAUUGAACAAAUCGAAAGCGACGCGAGCGCUGAAAUUUGCCUAA